AUGAAGCUUGCCGGAAAUGGUAAAGGGGAGUUGGAUGACGAUAUGGAGCACGACGGCGGGGACACGGAUAAGAGUUCCGAGGACGAAUCACACAGCUGUUCAACUGAAGAAGCAGAAGAGGACCAAGAUCAAGAAGACGAAUCGCAAUCAGAAAUUGAUGAAGUUGAAUGUGAAAGAAGACGGCAUGAAUUUCUCUCUGACAUGUCUGAAUUGGAGAAACAGUUUUGUGAACUCAAAGAGCAGUUAUACACGGAGAGGCUUCAACAAAUUGAUGCCAAGAUCAUUGAGAUCCAGAACAACAAAGCUAGUGAAUACUUGCAGCCUCUAGCACAGCUGGAAGACCAGUUGGCCACCAAGAAAAAAGUUGCUUCCAUCCGUAGGGAAAUGGCGCUGGCGAGCAUAAAGCAGAAGUUUGAAAGUGAAGAAUUGGCAGCUUUUCAACAUAUGGAGAGUGAGAAGGUGCUUUUAUAUGACACAAUAAAACUAGAACUGGAAGAUAAAAUCAGACGUUUGGAAGAGGACAGGCACAACAUAGAUAUUUCCUCUGACCUUUGGCAAGAAUCUCAAACAAUGAAGAAAAAGAAGAAGACAGAUCCAUUGCAUCCAGAGAGGAGGAAGAAGCCUCAGACACACUUUUAUUUUUCCUUGACUGUGCAACGUCCAUAUAUUGUGUACAUGCUUCGAGAUGGGGAUGUCAUGGAUGACUGGAUGGCAGUCAAAAAGGCCCUAAAACAACAGACACAGAAAAGAAAAUCGGAGU